UCAGUUUAAAACUUGUGUGAAACACCAUAAAGAAAUCGUCAAGUAGGGGACAAUUUGUUUCAAUUUUGUUUAAUGGCGUGUUUUUGCAGUUAUGUUAAAAACGUAGAAAAAACCUUUUCCAAAGGGAUCUUUAUACAGUUUUUCGCCAGUGUUAUCGUUAUUUGUUUUGCAGGAUUUUUGAUUAUAAUUACUCCUGUUCUAAGUAUGCAAUUUUUGUAUUUAACACUGUACUUUAUGUGUAUGAUAUCGCAAGUGGCUAUUUACUGUUGGUACGGCCAUUAUGUCAUGACAACUAGUGAUGAAAUCGGACAAGAUUUUUACAUGUCUAACUGGUAUGAAUCCGAUGUGGCCUUUAGAAAAGAUAUAAUUAUUUUCAUGGAAAGAGUGAAAAAACCUGUAACGUUUACUGCUGGGAAUUUUAUUACUCUCUCUUUGGUCACUUUAACUCGGAUUCUGAGAUCAUCAUAUUCUUAUGUCGCUGUACUUCAACAUUUGUAUAACGAAGUUUAGGAAGAUCAAGGGCUAAAGCAGAAUUAGAAUAGUUCUA